AUGAAUGUCCACAAAUUAUGGGAAUACAAGGAAUAUAUAAACAUAAAUGGGGUGAUGCUUUCUAGCGAGCUGAUAUCACUCUUGCAGAAUUCCCUUACACUACUCCAGGUUGAGAGCCACUUUAGCCAUGUUCAGUAUUGGGGACAGCUAUACGCCGUAGAUUCAGACUAUCAUAUAGCGGUCGGUAUAAACAACGAUGCCAUUUAUGACAGAAAAUAUUUUUACACAACCGACUUUAAAUUCUGGAGCCUCCUCCCUAAAGCAAAGAAAAAAUAUAAACACCUCUCUCUAUUGACUACUUUUCCUUUCCGUGGAGAUUCUUCAUUAAAAAUCAAAGUGUUAGAUGAAGCUUUGGAAGAAAAUAAUCCUGAAAGAUGUCAUGAAAUGAAAGAGGAAAGCAGGAUAGCAGCAACUAUAAGCAAUAUUUCUGACGAAGUAGAAAUAUGUGCAAGAGGCCAGCUUUUAAAGCAACCUGAUGGAACAGUGGUUAUUUCUCCAAAUUAUUAUGGGUUAACACUUCCAGAUGCGAAACUGCUCAAAUCCUACCUUCACAUUCGUCACCCACAACACCGUUGGAAUACUAAUUUAUUGACAAGGCCAGAUUAUAACUACAGUAUGGACUUUUUAGAUUCAAUCGAUCAAGAUAUUCCAAGUGGUUGUUGGAAUUUAUCUUUAGAGCAAAGUGGAAGUGUGGUGUAUUUAAAGAGUUUAUACUGGCCGGGUAUGAUGUAUUUUCAUAAAAUCAAGACUCCCGAUGCGGGUUUCUUGUACAUCGGUAAUGGGCGAAAAAACUUAGAUGUCCCGUUCCUACUU